CAGAGGACGGCGGUGCGGAAGAGGAGGAGGAGGAGGAGGAGGAGGAGAGCAUCGGAGGAAGGCAGACGUCCUGUGGCCAUCGCGAGUGUUGCUGGUUGACAUGUCCUACAUGAGCUAUGCCCUGCGGGUGGCUGCCCCCCGUCUCCUGCCAGCCCCCUGGAGAAGCCCUCGACCCUACAGCAGCACAACAGGACCCACGACCGAGAAGAGCGUUCCCUACCAGAAGACGCUGAAAGAAGAAAGCAAUGGGAGCACGGGGCCCAGCCGACCACCCCCAGCCUCAGCAGAGGUGGUGGUGGUCGGGGGGGGCAGCCUGGGCUGUCAGACCACUUAUCACCUGGCCAAACUGGGCAUCACCAACGUCGUCCUGCUGGAGAGGGACCGCCUGACAGCGGGCACCACCUGGCACACGGCUGGUUUGCUGUGGCAGCUCCGUCCCAGCGACGUGGAGGUGGAGCUGCUGGCGCACACGAGGGAUGUGGUGAGCCGCGAUCUGCCGGCCGAGACGGGGCUGCACACGGGCUGGGUGCAGAACGGGGGGCUCUUCAUCGCCUCCAACAAGCAGCGCCUCGAUGAGUACAAGCGGCUCAUGUCGCUGGGGAAGGUGUACGGCAUAGAGUCACACGUCCUGACCCCAGCACAGACCAAGGAGCUGUACCCACUAAUGAAUGUGGACGACCUGUAUGGCACUCUGUACGUCCCCAAGGAUGGCACCAUGGAUCCUGCUGGCACCUGCUCCACCCUUGCCAGAGCAGCAACAGCCAGAGGUGCUACGAUCAUAGAGAACUGCCCCGUCACCGGCAUCCAGGUCAGAACGGAUGACUUUGGGGUGAAGAGGGUGCAUGCAGUGGAAACAGCCCAUGGGACCAUCCAGACUCCCUGUGUAGUCAACUGUGCAGGGGUGUGGGCGCGUGCCCUGGGCCGGCUGGCAGGUGUGCACGUGCCACUGGUGGCAAUGCAUCACGCCUACGUGGUGACCGAACGCAUUGAGGGUAUCCAGAACAUGCCGAAUGUUCGGGAUCACGAUGCCUCGGUGUAUCUCCGUCUCCAAGGCGAUGCCCUUUCCGUGGGUGGCUAUGAGUCAAACCCCAUCUUCUGGGAGGAGGUAUCAGAGAAAUUUGCCUUCAGCCUCUUUGACCUGGACUGGGAUGUAUUUAUGCAGCACAUCCAAGGUGCCAUCAACAGAGUGCCAGUGCUGGAAAGGACGGGCAUCAAAUCCACUGUCUGUGGGCCAGAGUCGUUCACAGCUGACCAUAAACCUCUCAUGGGGGAGGCUCCAGAAGUCCGAGGUUUCUUCCUCGGCUGCGGCUUCAACAGCGCCGGGAUGAUGCUGGGAGGAGGCUGCGGGAAGGAGCUGGCCCAUUGGAUCAUCCACGGCCGGCCGGAGAAGGAUAUGUAUGGCUACGACAUCAGGAGGUUCCACCACUCCCUCACUGACAACAACUGCUGGAUCCGGGAGCGGAGCCACGAAUCCUACGCCAAGAACUACUCGGUUGUUUUCCCCCACGAUGAGCCGCUGGCAGGGCGCAACAUGAGGAAGGACCCUCUGCAUGAGGAGCUGCUCCAGCAGGGCUGUGUGUUCCAGGAGAGGCAUGGCUGGGAGCGUCCAGGUUGGUUCAGCCCAGGAGGAGCAGCUCCGGUUCUGGAUUAUGACUAUUAUGGCGCUUACAGCCGGGAGCGGCACAGGGACUACGCCUACAGCCAGCUGCUGGCAGAUGAAUACACCUUCGACUUCCCACCACAUCACAACAUUAUCAAGAAGGAAUGCCUGACGUGCAGAAAUGCCCUGGCUCUCUUUGACAUGUCUUAUUUUGGGAAGUUCUACCUGGUUGGCCCCGAAGCCACCAAAGCAGCCAACUGGCUGUUCAGUGCUGACGUGAGCAAAGCGCCAGGCAGCACCGUGUACACCUGCAUGCUGAACAAGCGUGGAGGGGUGGAAAGCGACCUGACCGUCAGCAGGAUCAGCCCCGGUGACCCCAGCUCCCCGCUGGCCCCUGCCUUCCAAGGAGAUGGUUACUACCUGGCCAUUGGUGGGGCCGUGGCUCAGCACAACUGGUCACACAUCACCACAGUGCUGCAGGACAUGAAGCUGCAAUGCAAACUCAUUGACUGCUCGGAGGAGCUGGGCAUGAUGAGCGUGCAGGGUCCACUGAGCCGCACUGUGCUGCAAGAGCUGCUGGACACCGACCUCAGCAAUGAGGCCUUCCCCUUCUCCACCCAUAGGCUCGUGAAAGCUGCAGGAUGCAUGGUGCGUGCCAUGAGGCUGUCCUUUGUUGGUGAGCUGGGCUGGGAGCUGCACGUGCCCAGGGAGAACUGUGUCAAGGUGUACCAGGCAGUGAUGGAGGUGGGUGCCCGGCAUGGCAUCACCAACGCUGGCUACAGAGCCAUCGACAGCCUCAGCAUCGAGAAAGGGUACAGACAUUGGCACGCAGACCUCCGCCCUGAUGAUACACCACUGGAAGCAGGCUUGGCAUUCACCUGCAAGCUCAAAUCCAGCAUUCCCUUCCUGGGACGGGAGGCUGUGGAAGCCCAAAAAGCUGCAGGCAUCUUCCGCCGCCUCGUCUGCUUCACCACGGAUGAGAAGGUGCCAAUGUUCGGCCUCGAGGCCAUCUGGAGGGACGGCAAGGUGGUGGGCCACAUCCGCCGGGCAGAUUUUGGCUUUGCCAUUGACAAAACCAUCGCCUACGGUUACAUCCGCGAUCCUGCGGGGGGACCCGUCUCACUGGAUUUUGUGAGGAGUGGCAGCUAUGAGCUGGAGAGGAUGGGAGUGUGCUACCCUGCCCAGGCACACACCAAAUCCCCGUUUGACCCGGACAACAAGCGAGUGAAGGGCAUCUACUGAGAGCCUGCAAUUGAGAGAAGAGAAUACUGCUGGCCCCAUUCCCUGCCCGGCAGUCUGACGUGAACUCACUGAAUAAAUUUGGGUCAGAUUAGAAGGGAAGAAGAGGAAAAGAUUUCAAAAAGUCCAAGAAUUUUGUUCCUGGGUUUUCUAAAUGAAGCAAUACCACUACAGCAAUAAUUCUUUCCCAUGGGUUAAUCGACCUGAAAACAGUGUUUUGCUUGACUGCAAAUGAAAUGGUUUCAAUUUUUGACUUUGCUGGAAACCCUUUUCUCCCUAAACGUAGUUUCACGCUGCUUGGAAAUGAAUUUUUUAAACUAAAUGUCUGCCAUUAAUACAGCCAUCACCUCCAAACCUGCCAUCGCACCGGGCUCUGUCCCCACUCUGAUGGGUGUCACUGGGUUGGGUCUGUGCCCUGGGAGCCUAGUGGGUGGGGAGACAUGGGUAAAUGGGUGGCCCCUCAAUAGUUACAGCCCUGCACAUCCCUUGGGAAGGAGCAGGGGCAGGGGAUGCUCUCCCUGCUGCAGGAUUCUUCUGAACUGUGAUAUAAUUGGUUUUAUCUGAAAGGGUUUUAAGCAUGAGCUUCUAUUGGCUUCAUUGGUAACUGUCACCUAAAUCCCUUUAAAAAUCGAGCCCAGGGUGCCCAACCAUUCCGUGCUCACUUCAGUUCUGUUUGCUUUGCCGAAGGGCUGUCUCUGUGCAGGAGAUGGGAAGGGCUGAUCUUCCUCAGUUCCAAUCACUGACCUUUUCCAUUUCCAGCAGCACAAGAGCAAAGGCAAGUUUUGAGCUGUGCAUCCAGAGAGCAAUUGGUGCCCCAGGGAGCGCCGCUGGCUUGCACUCUGCUUUUGAAAUGAGGAAAACAUGACGGUGCCACACAGCACCUUAAUACUGAGCUGGGGGAAAGAUUUCCAUCUUCCGUCCCUGGAGAAGAAUGGAAAAUCCCAAAGGCGACUGCAGCUUGGAUCUGGCUCACUCUCAU